AAGAAAGGAACCUGCACAGAGACAUGGCCGGGGAAAAGACAAAGAAGCAGGAGGACGAGAAGGCGCAGUUGCAACUUCAGAGACAAAUUGGGUUGCUGUCUGCUGUCUGUUUAAUCGCCGGUACAGUGGUGGGCAGCGGGAUUUUCAUCGCACCCAAAGGAGUCCUGAUGAACAGCGGCAACAGCGUGGGGCUCUCCCUGCUGGUGUGGACGCUAAGUGGGGUCCUCUCCUUAUUUGGAAGUCUGUGCUAUGCUGAACUUGGCACCACUUUUAAAAAGUCAGGGGCCCACUACACUUAUCUGCUGGAGACACUGGGGCCACUACCUGCCUUCUUACGCCUCUGGGUUGAGUUUCUGUUCAUCAGGCCGGCUGUAACCUCCUAUGUGGCCCUGGCGUUUGGGCGUUACGUGGUGGAGCCGUUCUUUGCACCUUGUGCUGCUCCCACAGUGCUCGUCAAACUCGUCAGUAUCCUCGGACUGACACUCGUGGUGGCAGUGAACUGUUGGAGUGUGUCCAUGGCGUCUCGCACUCAGGUCACCUUGACUUUCAUCAAAACAUUUUCCCUGAUCCUCAUCAUUGUCCCCGGUGUCAUCACUCUGUCCAAAGGGCAGACAGAAAAUUUCCAAAAUGGUUUUGAUGUUAACGUAACGUCACUGCACAAGUUACCGCUGGCAUUCUAUAACGGUUUAUACGCUUACGGUGGAUGGUUUUAUCUGAACUUUGUCACAGAAGAAGUCAUCAAUCCGACCAGAAACAUCCCUCUGGCAGUGAUCUUAUCCAUGGUGACUGUGACCGUCUUCUAUGUGCUUAUUAAUGUGGCCUAUUACACGGUGAUGACGCCUGCUGAGAUGCUGCUGUCUGACACUGUGGCAGUGACAUUUGCCAAUCGUACACUCCACUGGAUUGCUUUUCUCGUCCCUGUACUGGUGGCCUUGUCGUGCCUGGGGGCAUUGAACGGCGGCCUCUUUGGAUCACCGAGGAUGUUUUUUGUGGGAUCCAGAGAGGGUCACUGGCCUACGCUAUUCUCAAUGAUCCACAUCCGCAGACGCACACCUCUGCCCGCCAUACUGUUACUGUACCCCUUUUUCUUGGUCAUGUUAAUCACUGGAGAGAUCUACCAGCUGAUCAACUUCGCCUCCGCUGCCCGUUGGUUUUUCAUCGCCUUGGCAACCUUGGGGCUGCUCAUUCAUCGAUACCGCUUCCCGCUUCACCCGAGACCUUUCAAGGUCCCAAUUGUCAUCACAGUCAUCUUCACAGUGGUUUGUUUCUUCAUCGUGGGUCUGUCUCUGUACUCAGACCCCUGGAACAUAGGGAAAAGUUUGGCUCUCACACUGACCGGAGUCCCAGUUUACUACGUGACCAUCUACCGCUCCUGCCUGCCCAACAAAUGGAGACGUGCCUUAAACUACUGCACCAAGCAGCUGCAGAUCCUUCUAGAAGUUGCUCAACAAGAAGUCCAGACGUACUGAAGAUCCCCCAAAACCACUGAUUGAUCUACUGGACACCACCUU